AUGAAUCCAGUCGAUGACAUUCGUCGUUCAUAUUCAAUGUGGUAUUUUAUAAACGAUUUCCUAACCAGUCUAUUCAAUCUGAUUGGAAUAACUGUCGCUGUUCUUUUCAUUCAUACAGUUAUUCGUCUUGAACAUCCCAAUUAUUCAAUCGCAAAUUUAAUCGCAUGUCAAACAUGCUUAGCCAUCGGACUCCUAAGUUCAACGAUAUUCUUCAAUAAUUGUUAUGUUUUAUAUCAUGAAUUUUUUGAUCGACCUGUCAACAACACGUUUUGUAUUAUUCGUGGCACUAUUUUCAGUGUACUCUAUAUCAACAUGUAUGCGAUAUUAUGUUUAAAAGCGUUCAAUCGUCUCCGAUGUGUUGUGUAUAGUAUUCGUUCGGCGACGAAAUCUUGUCGUUCAUUGCUUGUAUUAACAAGCAUUCAAUGGACAGUUGUGUUAGUUCUUGUUUUGCCACUCGUUAUAAGUAACGGAAUCGAUUAUGGUCAACAUUCACAUUUAUGUACAGUCACAAUUCGCAAGCCAUGGCAGUUUUUAUAUCUAAUGAUUAUCUAUUACAUUUCGAUUGUUUUCAUUACAAGUGCUUAUAUUUACAUUCUUUACUAUGUUUUACAUCUUCCCUUGUUAGAACCGUAUCGUCGACAACGACAAAUGAAACUUCUUCGACGAAUUCUUAUUCUUCUUUUCAUGUUAACUCUACCCGGAAUAUUCUAUCUCAUCCUGUUGAUCUAUUGGAUUAUUUUCAAAUCUAUUCCAUCGUCCUCAUUGAAAAUCUGUACGCUAAUCGAUAGUAUGGCGUACGCCGGCGCAGUGGCGACAAUAUUCAUUUCCAACAGUCGUCUAUGCCGUCUGUAUUGUAUGGAACGUCAAGAAAAAUUCGAUCCAGUUCGUCAACGACAAUUAGAUUUGAUUUUUUUACAACAACCUCGAAGAAAAGUCACAAUUAUUCAAACAUCCUUCACCUUAGAAAAACUACCGAUUAAUAUUCAAAGAAAAUAA